CAUCUCCACUUCGGCCUCGCGAUUGGAAGGGUCUUUUGAAAAGCCAUUGUCGCUUACCGUUACUGAAAAGCUUCAAUCGAGUCACGUAGGACGCAAUCAUGGUGCGACACUUUGGUAUUGUAGCCGCAUUGGCUGCAGGAGCUUGCGCAAUCACUCCAAAACAGGUGCUUCAGGCUCCGAGACGUGGUGCGCCUGUGCCAAAUCCCUCAGGCAAGGUUGCUUUGUUCUCGUACUCCCAGUACUCUUUCGAGGAGCAGUCUACAACGCGCGCUUGGCAACUGCUGAACCUCGAGACUGGCGAGAUUACAGACUCUGGUCUGAACUCCAGUGAAGUAAGCGAAGCUGUGUGGAUCCCAGGCACAGAAACUGGAGUGCUUUACAUCAACGGAACCAACGAGGAGAUACCAGGCGGUGUCACGCUUUGGAUUGCCGACAUCGCGAAGCCUUCGGAGCGGAAAAUCGUGGCUUCGCUUGAGGCGCCCUUCUCAGGUCUUAAAGUUGCCAACACAUCAUCUGGAGACUUGCGCUUCUUGGUCAACUCGCUCGCGUAUCCAAACGGAACAGCUUACAACGAGGAGCUUGCACCGAAGCCGCGACAUACUGGUCGUCUCUACAACGAUAUCUACCCUCGCCACUGGGACCACUGGCUGACCAAGCAGCGCUACGCUGUAUUUAGUGGAACUUUGCUCAAGGCCUCAGGAUAUGGCCUUGAAGACCACAAAGUGCGAAAUCUUCUUCAAGACAUUCCAUUCAACGUUACCAAACCAGAGAGCCCUGUCCAGCCUUUCGGUGGAAGCGGUGACUACGACAUCAGCCCCGAUGGCUCCAUCUAUGCCCUCUUGACCAAAGCCCCUCACCUCAACAAGGCCAACUUCACAGCGAGCUACAUCUACGUCGGUGCAUUUGAGGGGUCUGCUGCGCCCCAAGCUCUCAACGGCCCAGGCUCCGAGGCUUAUGAAGCCGGUCACCAAGGCGCGUCUGGCGCUCCUACGUUCUCUCCAAAUAGUAAGAAGCUCGCAUACUACCAGCAAGAUGGAGAAUACUAUGAAUCCGACAGAGUGAAGCUCUACGUGGUCGACAUCAAUCAGGGUGGUUACAACACUGGCAAUGGAAGCACGGUUUCGACUAGCGGUUGGAAAGGAUUGGCUCCUGACUGGGACCGAUCAGCAGGGUCAAUUGCCUGGGCCCCUGACAGCAAGUCGGUCUACACGACUGCAGAGGACUACGCGAGGACACGCGCAUUCCUCAUCCCGUUGGAUAGUGACGCCGACUUCAAGCCCAAGAACCUGACUUCCGUAACUUCCGUGACUGGUCUUGCGGUGCUUCCCGAUUCCUCGCUUCUCAUCGCCGCCAACGCCAUCUGGACGUCGGCCGACUUUUACAGACUUUCUACGGACGGCACUCAGAAGACCCUCUUCUCGGCAUUGGAGAUCGAUGAGGAUUUGGCUGGUCUUGGACCCCACACGCUCGAGGAGUUCUUCUACAAUGGGUCUCUCCCGAACUUUGAUCAACAGCUGCAUGCUCUCGUUGUCAAGCCGAGCAACUUCACUGAGGGCGACAAGUACCCGCUUGCAUACAUUAUCCACGGCGGACCGCAAGGUUCGAAUGCUAAUGCAUGGUCCACACGAUGGAAUUUUCAGAUUUGGGCCGAUCAGGGUUACGUCGUGGUAGCUCCCAACCCAACCGGUAGCACGGGCUUCGGCCAGGAAUUGACCGAUAGCAUCGCCGGCGAGUGGGGCAGCUACCCUUACGAGGAUGUAGUGCUCGGGUGGGAGUACGUUCGGGACAACCUUUCUUCGUUCAUCGACACUAAGAACGGCAUUGUCGCUGGUGCAAGCUAUGGAGGGUUCAUGACCAACUGGAUCCAGGGCCAUGAUCUUGGACGUGAGUUCAAGGCCAUUGUCACGCACGACGGUAUCUCGAACACUGAGUCCGCGUUCACGACCGAGGAACUGUGGUUCAUGAGACAUGACUAUCUGGGACCCAUCUGGGCUGAGAACACAACUUACUCCAAGUUCAACCCUCAGGACCACGUUGCCAACUUUAGCACACCUCAGUUUGUCGUCCACAACACGCUCGACUAUCGCUUGCCCGAAAGCGACGGCCUCUCGCUGUUCAACAUCCUGCAGACAAAGGGUAUUCCAUCGCGCUUCCUCAACUUCCCGGAUGAGAACCACCACGUCCUUGAUCCUGAGAACUCUCUCUUCUGGAAUACUGAGAUCUUCAACUGGAUCAAUCACUGGUCCAAGGGUCACGAACUCGAUGGCAACGCGAUCGGUCAGUAGACGACGGUAUUAUCUAAGCUAGAUGUGACCAAACCUCAAUCGGCGCCAUGGGUGCCCAGUGCCAUAUAAUGUUAAUGUUUUUAAAUGUCAACAGACCAUCUCCAAAGUGUCGUUCCGUCAUUCAAGAAGACG